CCUCGCGACAGCCGUUUGUUUCCAUGGAGCGAUCAGAUCAAGCUUACGGAUUAGUGAUCAACUUGUUUGUUAGCCGCUUAGUAUUUUUCCCCCUUUUUGUAGACAGAUAGCUUUGGUGAUGUCUGGAUAUAAUCCCGAGACUCUGUUUUCAUUUGAGUUUUUGGUUAAAAAUAUACGACUGGAGAGACACUGUAAAGUGUACCACGAGCUAGCUCUUGGGGUCCGAUUACUGGAUUUUCCAACGCUGCUAAUUUAUCAGUCUCAGCGGGGCGGUUGCAGCAUUAACCAGCCGCAACAGAAAGAAGAGGAUAAACUGGGAGAAUACGUUUUCAACAGAGGGAAGUCUUGUUUCUUCAAAAUGAACCUGAGCUCACUGCAUGUCCAUCUCUCUAACACACCUCUCUAUGCUAUGGUGUUGGAUAUGACAGAGGAAACCCCCAGAUUAGUUGGCUCUUCUCUGAUAUCUCUGGCUAAAGCAAUGGACAGAAUCAGGCAGGAUGUAACUGAACAUGGAUUCCCCAGUCCCUCUUGUCACAGAGAAUGGGGACUCACUGGUAUAUGCAACCUUGCAGGGGAGAGAAUUGGAAAAAUAUCCCUGAGUUAUAAACUGGUUUGUCUUGGAGCAAGUUUACUGCCACAUAUCACAGAGAUCAGGGCAUCUGAAAGUACAGAUAUGCCAGGAGGACAAGAACAAGAGCACGACAAGGAGAAAAACAAAUCUGCAGCGUCACAACCUCUUGGCUGUUCACCCACACUGGACAAGUCAGAGUUAAACUACCAAACCAAUGACUUUUCAGAAUGCAAAAUCUUGUUAAAUGAAGACAAGCAAAGUGAUGCUGUUCAUGUUACAGCUGAAAGUCAAACUGAAAGCAGUUUUAAGGAGGAUUUCACUGUAUUCUGCCCCCCUCAUCUUUACUAUAGUAAUACUGCACAGGAGAGGAGCAUCAAUAAAAAAAUAGAUUACAAAAUGCUGAAUCUAGACUUAAAAGCUUUCUCAUGUGAAGAUUCAUGCUCUGAGGAUGAAGAAGAUAAAAAGGAAGUUAAAGGUUCAAGCCCUGAAGCGGUACACCAGACAAUGACACAGAGUACACAAUUGUCAGACAAACAAGAGGCUAAGGCCGUAGCCCCAAAUGUCCUCAGGGAAGCCUUAAGACAGUUGCCUCUGCUAAAUGCUCUUGUUACUGAACUGUCACAGCUGAAUGGUGAGAGCCCUCAUCAGUCUUUCACUGCUGAUCCCAGUCAGGCUUGGGUUUACAGGCCUGCUUCACCUGGACUUAAAAAGACACGACAGGCACAAACUCACUCCCUGCACAAAACUAGACAGCGGACUGGUACCGAUUUUAAAAUACAUUUACAACCCCCCAUAAACCGUUCUACACCCAUAGCCAACUCUGCAUCUUUAAAAAUGAAAGACCACCAAGCAGAUGCUACAAAUGCCAGUAAAUUUCACAGGAAGAAGCUCAUGUUUGGAACAACUAAAACAUUUAAUCUAAGACUGAAGCAAAUUUCUCCACUCAAAGUAAAACAUAGAGAAUGCAUGGAGUUAAUACAGAACGAAACACCGCCACGGACAGCCAAAGGAAAGGCAAAGUCAAGCAGGAAGUGCAGCAAGAGAAAAUCAGUAUUAAAUCGGAGCCCCAACCUCAAUGAAAAUAUUGAGACAGUGAUAGAACGUGUCAGGCUGGACUCUGUGCCACAAGAAACAAUCACAGUGAAACAAAAAACUCAGUAUAAACAGGGAGUCUCAGAAAAACCUGUUUCUCAGAGAAACCUGGAAUGUAUUCACAUCCCCAGUGUGGAUAGUGACACUGUUUACCUGAAUAAUGACCAGAAUGAUCAAUCCGAGUCUGAAUCUGAGCAGCACAGUCACAAAAUUGAAUUAACACAAAGCAGCAAACACAGCAGCCCAAAGUCUUUGUUUUCAGAUUCCAGCGUGGAGGGAAAUGCAGAGGCAGACUAUGCUGAUGACUUUGACAGUCUUGAAUCCAGUGAUGCUUACUCUCCUGACCCUCUGAGCAGCCCUGAGCCCUCUAGAGCCAAGACUCCCCUGCCUCCUGUUUGCCUCGACUUCUGCAACUCCAGCCCAAAAUCUGCAGCCAUAAAGAAGAAACCAGUCCUCCUCCCUGUUCCGGUAAAAGCCUCCAGCUCUCCACAUCGAACUCUGAUGGAUACGCACAUUAUCCGACCUCGCGCCUAUACCUCAGCCAUCAGCUUUUUCUCCGAUGAGGAUGACGAGGAUGGGUUGACUUCAGUACAGACUGUCUGCUCUGGAAAACAGAUUGCAAGUAACAAAGUGCAACAAGGCUCUUGUACUGAGACCUUUAAAUCAUCAAGUGGUCAAAGGAGUGAGUCAGUGGAGGACAGCAAUGUCAUUCAAGGAUUAUCUACAGAAUCUGUAGCCUCCCUUGAAGCUCAGGAGGCAGAGGAACUGGAGGACGAGCUUGGAUUUCUAGAUUUCAGAAAGGAGUAUCAACAUAUUUCUGAGCUUGUGGCCAGUAAACUCCCUGGGUACACAAUGUAACAAAAAGGUCUAAUUCCACUAUAUAUGGGAGUUCAAGGUUACACUAUUUAUUCAAAUCGCAUAGAUGAGUUUUACUGUACUGCAAUGUCUUGGCAAUGUUUUCUGAAUAAAAACAAGUUAUCUUCGGU